GCAGGUUUCUACCCGCUGGCUCACAAUCUAGACUGUGGAUGUGGCUGUAAGGGUAAGGGCCGAGGGGGUGAUCUCACCAGGGCCUCUGGAAUGCAGGCACAAUCACUGUUGUGAGACAGCACAGAUGUUGCCAGGUAACCAAAGCUUGUGGCUCCAGGCAGAGGGACUCCUGGCACAUCUGUUCAUUUUUACUUGGUUUGGGGCCCGCGCUGAGAGGCCAGGCUGGCAUCUGAAGCAUCUUGGUUCUGCUGGAGGAAGGUGGCCUCGCACUGCCAUGGAGAAGCUCUUCUGGUUCUGUAGGAGGAAGGAGUCCGGCAGCCCCGCGUCAGACCUGCCCAGAGGCGUGGGAUCAAGCCUGCAAAGCAAGCGCUCCAAGAAACUUCACAAAGCGGCUUCAGCUGGGGAUUCAGAGAAGUUGAGGCAAUAUCUACAGCUCAAGACAUAUGAUGUGAAUAUGCAGGACAAAGAUCGCAGAACACCCUUGCACUUGGCCUGUGCUAAUGGAUAUGCAAAUACGGUAUCUCUUCUAAUUGAGAAACAAUGCAAAAUAAAUGUCCAGGAUGGUGAAAACAAAUCCCCCUUGAUUAAGGCGGUGCAGUUUCAGAAGGAGAAUUGUGCCUCUCUUCUCCUGAGCCAUGGUGCCGACCCCAACCUGGCGGACAGCCAGCACAACACAGCUCUUCAUCACGCCGUUUGUGGCCAGAGCCUCUCGUUAGUGGAAAAGUUGCUUAAACACAAAGCUAAUCUUGAGGCUAAAAAUAAGGAUGGGUAUACUCCAUUGUUACUUGCUGUUACUGAAAAUAAGGAAGAAAUGGUAGAAUUUCUUCUGAAGAAAGGGGCAGAUGUGAAUGCUUCGGAUAAAAACCAAAGAACAGCUCUUAUGAUUUCCCUCACCGAGGAGCCGACAAAUACAGUCAGCCACCUGCUUCAGUAUGAUGUGGAUCUGUCCUGCACAGAUAUUUACGGAUUUACAGCUGAAGAAUAUGCUUCCUUUAAUGGUUUCACCAUGUAUCAUGAAUUAACUGCAAAUUAUGGAAAGAAUAAAAAAGCUAAACAUAAAUACAUCUUUGAAGAGAAAACUUCAGGCACUAGGACUCGGAGGAACUGAGGGAAGGUGUGUAACCCAAUUUCUACAGAUCCAUUGCUGCUUCCUUGAGUAAGGAAUAUGUAGCUUGAAAGAGCAGUUGAGUGAAGCAUCGUGCAAUUUUUGUUCGCUAUUCAUUCAUUAAAUGGAGAGC